AUGUCGAGCUGCACAUCAUCUCUCGUACAUGUUGAGGUGCGGUUACGAUCUGACAUCGAGAUUUUCGACACGGCGGACAUCGAAGCAGCAGUACGCCGGUUCAUCGAGUCAGAUCCACAUGCUCCUAUAGAGUGUGAGAGUGAAAUGGCUGGCUGGCAGCAAGCCGACACAUUUUUGGCAGAGCAUGUGGAUCGAAUUUAUGUGGGCGAGUCAGAUCCACCAUCUGCGUCUGUGCUUGUGCACGAGGUCGACAUGGAGUUGCACGUGUACCAGCCAUGCCCCCAUGACAAUGUUGAUGAGUUCGGUGUGGGAGAUGCAGAUGCUGCGGCUGAUAAUGCAGUGGCUGCAACCCUAUCUGAACUGCCGAACCAUGCUCUUGAUGGUCUGUGGCGUACGCUCGUAUAUUCAGACCAUGUGAAAGAACAUCUCUUGCAUUACAUUUAUUCGACACUGGAAUUCUCUGAUGCAGGCAUUGAUUUCCAUGUGAUUGCGUGGAACCGAGUAGUUCUUCUGCAUGGGCCACCAGGCACAGGCAAGACGUCACUAUGCCGAGCACUCGCACAAAAGCUGGCAAUCCGACUGCAAAAGCGCUAUUCACACGUCAAACUUGUGGACAUCAACUCGCAUUCACUCUUUUCGAAAUGGUUCUCAGAGUCAGGCAAGCUGGUGCAUCGACUCUUUGACAUGGUGACGGAACUUGUGGAGGACGAGGCAGGGUUCGUGGUUGUGCUCAUUGAUGAAGUUGAAAGUGUUACAAAAGCACGCAACUCGCUUGUGGCAGGCACAGAACCAAGUGAUUCAAUUCGAGUUGUGAAUGCACUUCUCACAGAACUUGAUAAGCUCAAGUAUAGACGCAACGUGCUGAUCAUGGCCACGUCAAACUUGUCGGACUCAAUUGACUCCGCGUUCCUCGACCGCGCAGAUAUUCGUCAGUACAUUGGCUUACCUGGCACUGAAGCAGGGUAUUCGAUGCUUCGGGCAUGUGUGCUCGAGCUGAUUCGUGUGGGACUUGGUGCCCCCGGAGCCGUUUCCUUCAUACGACGCCAUGGAUGCUUCUGA